GAGGAGCUAAGAGCGGCCGCCGCCUCUGCCGGAGGAGCCGCGGGGCCGCCACACUCGCCCCCCGCCCCCCCGCGCUCACUCGCACUCACACCCGGGCGCAGGAGGCGGGCGGCCCGGGCCCCACCGGCCCCCCAUGGACGCCCCCGGCACGGGGCGCUGAGACCCCCGCGUCGCUGCCCAGCCCGGUCCAGCGCGCCACGCCGAGGGACCUCCGGACAGGACAAGAUUCCGAAGCUACUCCCCCAGCCCAGGACCCCCCCACAGACCCGGCUUCCCCCACAACCCCACUAUCUGCCACUCCCUGGCCCCUCUCACCGCCCGCCCCCCUUGGGGCGCAGGGCAUGGUGUGAAAGGCCAAGUGCUGAGGCAGGCACCAUGGGUGCUGGGCCCUAGGGCCUGGGUGGCGGGGGGUGGGCGGCCUGUGGGCGUGCCGGGGGGGCCAGUGUGCCCACCCCAGUCUCUUGGCGUGCUGGAGGGCAUCCUGGAUGGAAUUAAAGUGAAUGGAACAGAAGCCAAGCAAGGUGGAGUGUGGGUCAGACCCAGAGGAGAACAGUGCCAGGUCACCAGAUGGAAAGCGAAAAAGAAAGAACGGCCAAUGUUCCCUGAAAACCAGCAUGUCAGGGUAUAUCCCUAGUUACCUGGACAAAGACGAGCAGUGUGUCGUGUGUGGGGACAAGGCAACCGGUUAUCACUACCGCUGCAUCACUUGUGAGGGCUGCAAGGGCUUCUUUCGCCGCACAAUCCAGAAGAACCUCCACCCCACCUACUCGUGCAAAUAUGACAGCUGUUGUGUCAUUGACAAGAUCACCCGCAAUCAGUGCCAGCUGUGCCGCUUCAAGAAGUGCAUCGCUGUGGGCAUGGCCAUGGACUUGGUUCUAGAUGAUUCGAAGCGGGUGGCCAAACGCAAGCUGAUUGAGCAGAACCGGGAGCGGCGACGGAAGGAGGAGAUGAUCCGAUCACUGCAGCAGCGACCAGAGCCCACUCCCGAAGAGUGGGACCUGAUCCACGUUGCCACGGAGGCCCAUCGCAGCACAAAUGCCCAGGGCAGCCAUUGGAAACAGAGGCGGAAAUUCCUGCCGGAUGACAUUGGCCAGUCACCCAUCGUCUCCAUGCCGGACGGAGACAAGGUAGACCUUGAGGCCUUCAGCGAGUUUACCAAGAUCAUCACCCCGGCCAUCACCCGCGUGGUGGACUUUGCCAAAAAACUGCCCAUGUUCUCUGAGCUGCCUUGCGAAGACCAGAUCAUCCUCCUGAAGGGGUGCUGCAUGGAGAUCAUGUCCCUGCGGGCGGCUGUCCGCUAUGACCCCGAGAGCGACACCCUGACACUGAGCGGGGAGAUGGCUGUCAAGCGGGAGCAGCUCAAGAAUGGCGGCCUGGGUGUCGUCUCCGAUGCCAUCUUUGAACUGGGCAAGUCACUCUCUGCCUUUAACUUGGAUGACACGGAAGUGGCUCUGCUGCAGGCUGUGCUGCUAAUGUCAACAGACCGCUCGGGCCUGCUGUGUGUGGACAAGAUCGAGAAGAGUCAGGAGGCGUACCUGCUGGCGUUCGAGCACUACGUCAACCACCGCAAACACAACAUUCCGCAUUUCUGGCCCAAGCUGCUGAUGAAGGUGACUGACCUCCGCAUGAUCGGGGCCUGCCACGCCAGCCGCUUCCUCCACAUGAAAGUCGAGUGCCCCACCGAACUCUUCCCCCCACUCUUCCUCGAGGUCUUUGAGGAUCAGGAAGUCUAAAGCCUCAGGCGGCCAGAGGGUGUGCGGAGCUGGUGGGGAGGAGCCUGGAGAGAAGGGGCAGAGCUGGGGGCUGAGGGAGACCCCCACACCUCUUCUCUCCUCCCUCUCGUCCUCGGAUAGAUUCAGCUCCCCACACACACACACACACACCCCGCAUUGCCCCGUCCCUCCUCAGAACCUCCAGCCCUGGGGCAGGGCAAACAAAUGAACUUGCUAUGAAAAGGACAGUGUGGGAGGUGGGGGGGGGGGGGGUCAGGGGGCGGGGGGGACCGUGUCCUGCAGUUCCCAGGACCCCGUCCUCCGAGAAGGUAGGAGAAGGGAGGGAGAGCUAAGAGGGGACAAGCCAUCUUGACCGUAGGGGAUGGAGGGAUGGGGGAAGAUGCCCUCAACUCACCCCCUGCACACAUGCAAGAGAGAGCCCCCCCCGCCCAGUCUCUUGGCCUAGGUUCCCCCUCCAGGCUAAGGGCCUCUCUGCUUCCCCAGAUGCCUGGGUGCAAAGAAAGGCUUGGCUUGGCCCCUCCCCUGGAGGUUAAAAAUUACAGUCAUUCUAACUGCACUUUGGAAACCAGGCACGGAGACAAGAUAAAUGAAGAAGUACUAGACAGAAGAAAAAAAGAGAAAAAAGAGAGAGCGAGCGAUUGCUAGAGAGAUGAUAUUAAGUUAUUAACUGAGGCUGGCCAGAGGGGAGGACCCCCCCACCCCCAAGCACUUUGAGAGCUGCCCCUCCUCCCCCCACAUCAGAGAGAACUGCCCCCCGCACCAGGUCCCCAGGGGUAGGGCUGCCGAUCAGAGCUGUGAGUUAAUACAACAGGGUCCUGGCCACCCCCCCUUGCCUUGCCCCUCC